UUAUAAUAGUAUUUUAUUGUGUUUGCGCCAACGUUUCGACCUACGUUUAGAUCUUUAUCAGGGUAUUUCAUAUAACUUUGUCAGAAGUUAAGAGAAUCAUGAGUGUCAUAGUGAGUCAUCCUUUGACUCACACUACCUCUUAGUUUUGGUUUACUUCUUGUCAGUUUACUGUGUAUGGCGGCAAAAGUUCUGUUUUUAAGUAAAAUUUUAUCUGUUAUCUUAAUUUAUAUCUUAUAGUUUUAACGCUCGUUUAUCAAUUAUGUUAAAAGUUAAACAUGUCCUCAAAAGAACAUGCUAAAGAUCUAAAAAUCAAUACUGAUAAAUAUGAAAAUUUUUUUACUGAAGGUCUAAUCAAUUUUUUACUUUCAACUCCUGUAUCAAAUUUGCCAUGGUUAAAAAAUGUCAAAGAUGUCCAGUCAAUAGCUACAUCCUUUCAAGAGCUUGAUGCUAUUGAUCAAAGGCUAUAUGCUCGGUUGUUUGCAAGACAGUUCGCUUGGAUAAAAUACAAGAGAAUUUCAUAUUUAUUUGUAAAAGAUUUACCAUCAUCGAUACAACAUCUCGAGGAUAAAGGAUUCGUAACAACUGAUUAUUCUAGUGAACCUAUUGAAGAUAUUCUUGAAAUUUUGGAGAAAGAUGAGGUUAAAGCUCUAUGUAAGGAGCAUAGGCUUGAUAUCAAGGGAAAUAAAUGUGAAAUGAUUAAAAGAUUAAAACAUAAAUGUCUAACACAAAGGACACUGGGGUUUGGCCCUGUAAUGUCACCUCAAGCAAUAAUGAUGAAAAGCAUAAAGAAAAUUUUGAACUGCGUAAAAUUAUGUUCUGAAGCCAGAGAGAUUUUUAAAAUGUUAGUCUUGCUGAAUACAUAUCCUCAUUAUCGUGGGGAAGAGUCAAAACGAGUCUCAGAUCUUGCCAAAAGUCUUUCUGAGAAAAACAAAGGAACUGUUAUUUAUCAUAAGUACAACCUGCGACCUACUGAUGUGUUUGGAAACAUUGCCAAAUUUAAGGAGUAUGAAAAAUCAUUGGAAAUUUUAGAGGAAUUUAUGGAUACCAAAGUACAAAAAGAUUGGAAGAAAGCAUGCGUUAUAAUCAACAAGUGCAAGCUCGAUUUUAAACUUUAUAUUGAUAAUGAUUUGAAUAUAAAGUUUUUAGAUGAAUGGAGGUCGAAAGAUAUGGAUUACUUGAUGAAGUUCACUCCUGGACGGAAUUAUGCGUACAUACUUUCUUCAGGCAUUGAGGUUCUAAAGAAAAGUGAAGAUACUUGGGAUGAGGCUAUAGAAAUACUUCAACUUCUUUUAGGACAAAAAUAUUUUCUGGGUGGAGCAAGAGGGAAUUGGUAUAGAGAAAUGGCACUUGUUUACGAAAAGCAGCAGAACCAUGAAAAAAUGGUCGAUGUCCUCGUGGAAGGUCUUCUAGAUCCAAAAAUACUUUUAAAUUAUUCAAUAAUAGCUUUGAUCAUGAAGGCUGAAUCAUUGGGCAAGAGGAAAUCUUUGCAGACAACGUUGAAGAAGCGUUUGUUAGAAUCAAUCCCUGUAAUAAAUUACUCGCCUCAAACAAUUACUAUAGAAGCAACUUCUGCACCCAGUGUUACAACUAGCAAAAAACAAAUAUUUGUAAAGAAUACAGAAAAAGGAAAAGAGUACUCCUCUGUUGAAGAAGUCGCUCGCCAGCAUUACAUGUCUCAUUUUGAUUUUGGUUCUGGUAUUCAUGAUGAAGGAAAACUAUUAGUUACAUGUGCUCUGGCUUGCUUAUGGGAAGUUAUUUUCUACGAUGUAGAAGGUGUAUUUCAUUCUGAAUUACAAACAGCUCCUCUUGAUUGGGGUUCUUCUGGUUUUUAUAAGCGUCGUCGAGAAAUAAUAGAAACAACAUUAAAUGAAAUUGUAGAAGAAAGUGCAGAAGUAUACUUGGGAAAAGUGGGAAACAAAUAUGCUGGGAUUGUUGGUCCUGUGGAUUGGAGUUAUCUAGAACCUGGACGUCUUGAAGAGGCUCAGCAGUUCUUAACAUGCCUUACUACUGAUGUUUUCGUUAACAUUGCGAGAUACCUUAUAGAAGAUUACAGAUCAAGAAGGAGUGGGCUUCCAGAUUUAACUCUCUGGGAUUCAUCAUCUAAAAAAUGCAUUUUCGUAGAAGUCAAAGGACCAAGUGAUACACUCUCCCCUAAUCAAAUUAAGUGGCUAGAAAAACUUGAUGAGUUUGGAGCUAAAGCGGAAGUUUGUCGAGUUAACACUCUAAAUACUGGUCCUAAGAAUCAAAGCAGAAAAAGGAAAAUCGGUGAAGAAGGAUAAGAUUUUAAAUAGUUAUUUUAAAGAAAUUUUUAUGUUUUUUUAUAUUUAUUAUUAUAAAGAAAAAAAACUUAUUGUUUUUUCUAUUAGAUCAACAAAUUAAUAAUUAGAUGAAAGAUUAUAUUUUUUUAAUAAUAUUGAAAAUAAAUUAAAGGGCAAUAAAAAAAAGAAAAAUCAUAAACUCUAUAAUCCAGAUGUUCUGUUCAUGCCAGUCCAGUAAUGCAAUGCUCCAAAGGGUCAUUUUCAUGUUUCCACCUGAUUGUUAUAACAGAAGACCAUAUUUUACUGUAAUAUAUAUCUUCUGCCGUCAGUGACUGUAGUGUCACAUUUACGCUGUCAUGAAUGAUUGUUUUGUUCAGUGUAUGUAGAGUUGGUAGCUACUGCUAUCUUGGGAGUACACCUACUGCACAAAGCAAUCACUCAUAACAGCGUAAAUAUGACUCUCUGAGAUUCAAAAUUUAAUCUAAAUCAGAAACUGAGCAAAUACAUUCAUCUGAUAUUUGAAUUCAAAACAUUUAUUUGAACCUAUGCAUCACAAGUAUAAGGACAGCGAGAACGGCCCCCAUACAAAAACUUUAAACUUUUCAGUCAAAAACCUUCUGGAGGUAUCUUUUCUGACCCGAGCGGGAAGAUCAAGAUUCAUUCCGUGGUUCUGCCACGGAAUAAAUUGUAAGAUUUAAGAGUUGUCAAAAUCAGUUUAUUAAUCAAAAUAUAUACUUCAAUAAAUCUUUACUUCCAAAAUUUGAUAAUUUCAUAAUACUGUUUUAAACCAUUAUGCAAAAACCAAUACUUCUGUUUACUUUUAAACUUCUGGAUCGUUUCAAUGAAAAUUCUAUUUGUUAACUUAAAUAUAAUUUUUCUUUUUUUUAAGAGAAGUUAUUUGAAGUUUUAAAUCAAUCAAAAUACUAAGUAAAAAUAAAUAAAUUCUAUUUAUUUUUAUUUCCUUUGUGCCGACAUUUCGGCCUAAGUUUAAGGCCUUCAAUAGCGCUAAGCAAAGAUAAGAUAACGUAUAAAUAUUUAGAAAAUACUAGACAUUGUCAAUACAUCUUCUACAGUCAACCAAUAUCCACUAUCAUAAUUUCUUUUUUGUUUGCCUUUUUUUAUUUAAUGUGUAAAAUACAUUUGUUUUUAAUUUAAUCACUUUUAGAACUUGUUGUUCCAAUUGUAUAAUUUAUUUCUUAGCGCAUUUAAUUAUGAAUUCUAAUUGUUUUAUAUUCAAUCUUAUAUGAAUUACUUGAUAAGUUAUUAGUUUUUAAGAUUUUUAACUGUGAUAUUUGUCAUAUUUUAAGUUCAUAAAACCAGGUUAAUUUAAAUUAUUUAUUUGAUGAAAUUAUUGUAUACAAUUUUAAAUUAUAACAUAAUUUAUGUUGAUAUAUACCAUUCUGCUACAUCGUCAAUCAUUAUUGUCGAAUUAAUUACCAUAUGGACAAUUGCAAGGAUGUGAACCUAUUGAUUUCUUUAGUUGUUUAUUUUUAUUUUGUAUUAUAAUUUGACUAAAAGUUUGUUUUUAUUAAUUUAUUUAUACAAAUAACUGUAUUGUGUAUAAUUGUACAAGUAAAUGUGAAAAAAAAAACAUAUGUAGCACUUCAUUUGACUGAAGUAAAUACAUAAAAACUUAUAAUAAUUUAAAACUUCAAAUGCAUCUUCUGAAAGUGAAUUUUGAACUUUUUAAGAUAUAGCAAAUAAGCUAUACAUUAGUAUGAAAUAAAUUUUGAAGAUUCCAGGCUGCCAUAAUUCCCUAAGAAAUAUAUUUUAAAGGGUUAAUUAUAGGAAUAAUUAUUUAUAUUAAUUAUUAUAUAAACACAAUAAUUUAAAGAAAUUAUUAAACAUUUGUAAUGAUAAACUGAUUGAAAAACUUAUCCUUUAAAAUAUAACUUUAUAUAUUUUAUUAUGAUAAUAAUAGAAUCUUUAUUAGUACUGUUUAUUAAUUUUAUUUGUUUAAUUCAAAUUCAUUUUUUUUUAAGACAAAUUAUUGUUGUGGUUAUUAACCAAUAUCAUUAACCUGUUAAGAAGUGUGAUCCUAGAAAUACUUCCCUUCCUGCAAUAAUAUUAUCUCAUAACAUUAAUUUAUUUUAUUAACUGAAUUAAGUUCAAGACAAUCAAAAAGUGAAAAAUGUAUUUUUAAAAAUAAAAUCGAAAGAUAAGAAGUAAAACUUAUUUAAGUGAAGUUUGUUGCUCUUAAAAUAAAUGUAUAGUUGUUUUUAAUUUUGAUUAUUUGUCUUGUAACCAACCACUGCCACAAGAUGUGAACAUCAUUUAUAUCUAAUUAGUUUAAAGAAAUUUCAGAGGUAGCUACUAAACAAUUUUUAAAAAAACAUUUUCAUUGUAUAUAACUGAAAGAUGUUGGAGUACAAUAAAAUUUAUUAUUAUGUAAAAUCAUCUUAAAAUAUUAACAACUGUCUUUAUCAGUAUUUUUAUAAAAAUUCAUCUCACAUCCUUGUAACUAUUCAUUGAUUAUUAAAAAAACUGUUUGAACUGAAAAAGGUUCUUAAAUUACUUCCACAUUACCAAACAAAUGGUCCCAUGAAAAAUUAUGAGGUUGUUACGAGAAGUGUGUGGAUUUCUCUUAGUUUACUUUACACAUUAAUAUACAUAAUACCUUGAUUAAUACAGCUUAAUACCUUCCUUGAGCAAAAAGCUCUCCUCAAUCCCUUCCAGUCUGGUUUCCAAUUCCAGUUAUCCACCUAAUCCGCUUUGCUGAAAAUUUCCCAGGACCUUCAUUUCUCUAUAGACAAACAGAAAAUCUCGAUCCUAGUCCUCUUCAAUUUCUCAAAGGCUUUCGAUUCCGUAAAUCAUGAAAUCCUCCUUACCAAACUCCAAAACCUUUCCAUAUCAAAUAGUGCUCUGAAGUGGUUCCAUUCUUUUUUGUAUCAAAGAUCCCAAACAGUCAUUCCCAAUAAAACUCCUUCCUCCCCCCCCCUCUUACUAACUCCUGGUGUUCCUCAGGGAUCUUCGCUCUCCCCAACUCUUUUCUCCAUUUAUAUUAAUGAUCUUUCUGAUUCUGUUUAUCACGCACACAUUUAUAUACGGACGAUCUCCAAAUCUACCUUUCCUUCCAUCUUAUGGAGAUGCUUGAGGCGAUCUGAAGGCUUCAAGAAGAUAUUGACAUUAUUAAUACCUGGGUAGUGAACAAUAAUUUAAAAUUGAAUGUUGAGAAAACAAAGCCAUUCUUAUCGGAUCCAAGCAUCUGAUUAUCCUUAUUCCUUAUUAUCCUCUACUCUACAUCAGUGAGAUACCCAUACGUUUUCACACUUCCGUAAGAAACUUUGGGGUAAUGUUUGAUCAACAUCUGACCUGGAAUAAUCACAUUUCUCAAAUUAUCUGAAAGUCCAAACAGUUCAUGAGAUUCCGUGACUCUAUGCCCCUUAAAAUCCCUCAGCUCCUAGUUUCCUCCCACAUUUUCCCUCAUUUUGAUUAUGGCUGCCUUGAGAUACGGUCGACUUGAGAUCAGAUUAAAGAGGCUAAUGAAUUGUUUCAUUAGAUUUAUACUUGGAGUCCCCAGGCGCUCCCAUCUCUCCAGUUGCUGUGCUGAGUUGAAGUGGCUCUAUCCAGUUUUCCUAUGGCAAUAUUUCCUAGGUGUAUUCCUUUUACAACCAAAAAACCUUACAUUCUUGAUUUCUUUACUCCUUGUUCUUGUGUUCAUUCGUUCAACACAAGAUCCCAAUCCUCAAAUUUGUUUAUUCCUUCUCGUAGAACUGUUUUCUUUAAAAAAUCGUUCGUCAUACAUACUACCUUGUUUUGGAAUUCCCUACCAGCCUCUUUACGGAAACCCUCAUCCAUGACCUCAUUUAAACAUAAUUAAUUUUUCCACCUCCUCAGUUAUCAAUCUUCCGAAUAUAUGUAAAAUAAAGUUAUUUUGUAGAGAUGUCAGUUACACUAUACCGAUAUUUUGCAGAUAUCUAUGUAUGUGUCAUAUUGCUUAUUUGUAAAAAUACUUGAACUCACCCGUAUGUAAUCAUCUUUAAAUUCAUAUGUCUACUUCAAGAUCAUAUGUUUACUGCAGUGUAUUUAUUUUUAAUAUUAAGAAUUUUUAUUAUUAUUUAUUUUUUAUUAUUCACAUGCUUCUUUAUUUUAAUAUUAAGAUUAGACAACUUUGUAAAUUAAGAAUAAAAUUUACUUUCUUUCUCAUA